UGUCAUUUCCGGUCACAAAACUUCAGAACGAAAAAUAAGAUCAACAAUAUCAUAAGAAAUCGGUUGUCAUCGACGCAUCAGAUGAUAAUUUUAUUUUGGACGUGUUAAGUAUUCAUUUUAGAAUACACCAAAAACUCUUUCUUUCACACUCAGUGCCACAUCUCUCAGGAUGAGCUUUCUGUUUGGAAACAGAAACAAUAAGACAUUUAAGCCCAAAAAGAAUAUACCUGAGGGCACACAUCAACAUGACUUGAUGAAACAUGCAGCUGUUACACUUGGGAGUGGAAACCUUCGUCAGGCCGUCAUGUUACCAGAGGGAGAGGAUCUCAAUGAAUGGGUGGCUGUCAAUACUGUUGAUUUUUUCAACCAAAUAAACAUGUUGUAUGGUACAAUAACAGAGUUCUGUACUGAAGAAACCUGUCCAGUCAUGUCAGCUGGACCAAAAUAUGAAUACCACUGGGCUGAUGGUCAGGCUGUCAAAAAGCCAAUCAAAUGCUCUGCACCAAAAUACAUUGACUACUUAAUGUCUUGGGUACAGGACCAGCUGGACGACGAAAGCCUUUUUCCUUCCAAAAUUGGUAUCCCAUUUCCAAAGAAUUUCCUCGCUUGUGCCAAAACAAUACUUAAAAGACUUUUCCGAGUAUAUGCACACAUCUACCACCAACAUUUUAAGGAGGUAUGCCAGCUUGGAGAAGAAGCUCAUCUUAAUACUUCCUUCAAACAUUUCAUCUUCUUUGUGUAUGAGUUCAGUCUUAUCGAAAAACGAGAGCUUGCCCCACUACAGGAAUUGAUCGACAAACUUACAAGCAAAGACAGAUAGAGGCUAUGACAGGGUAUACACUAGUCCAAUUAUUUCCUCCUGUGUUGGAACUUCUCAGUUGGUGCUUCCAAUAUCAUUAUCUCACAGGUAUUGUGCAUGUACGUGCAACGGAAGCAAAUCAUUCAUGAGCAUUGUGAGAGUAACAGCAACCAACAUCACCAGUAUCACCAGUCUAUAUGAAUAUAUGAAUUUAAAGUCUCUUUAUUUAUUGACUUCUGGUCAAAUUAUGAAAAUAAUGUAUCAUGUUUUGAAAGAUUUGAAUUAAGAAGUACAUUUUAAUGUAAAUGCUGUCUGUAGUGGCACCAAAGCUGGUAUCUUUUAGACACACAGUAUAUUGUUGGACUUCUCUAAAUACUUUAUAGACAUUUGCUUUGUUUAAAUCUUCAAAGUUAGGUUGAGACAUUAUUUGUUUUGUUAGGUGUGUGGAUGGGAAAUUCAAAUAACUACAGUUUUUAAGAUACAUAAUGUAUGUAGAUGAGAGGGGUUGAAAGGCUUGUCAGGCCUCUCAAAUUAUCCUUCACAGCAACAUUAGGUUACUUACACAUAGAGUGUUCUAUGGUACAAGAAUCAUUAUUGUUUCGUUGCUUAAUCAAUGCUGUUAUUUUUACAGCAGAAAAUACCAUCUCCCUGAGUUUUUACACACUAUGUUAACAAUAAUGUAAUACAUAACUGUGUUGACUUCCCUAAGAAGCCAGCAGCCAAUUAUUUUAUUUUAAGCAAUUAAGUGCAAUAACAUGAUAAGUUGUUCUUUGUAGUGAUGAUUGAUGAUUAACUAUCAUACACAUUGAUAUAUAAACUGACCUAUUUAAGGACACCACAAGAAAACAUCAAUUUUGAGCAGAUUCAUCAAACUGCAAAAAAAAUGCAAAUUAUCUGAUUAGAAGAGUUAAACUAUCAGGUUGUACCUUGGUAUUUGUACAAAUUAACAUUCAGUUCUCACUUUUGAUCAUUAUAUGGGUCUUUGAGAUAUGAAGAUACAGUCUGAAUCUUCCAUCUCUCCUGGUUACUUGUUAUUCCAUUCUUACAGUUUCCUUGUUAUACCAACCAAACAAUUUAUUUUUCAUUGGAUAUGAUAAUGAUGAAUCGUUGAUCCAGUUAAUGAACAACAAAUGCAUGUAUUUAUUUUCUACCAAACCUUAAAGGUUUGUGCCAUAUUAUAUCUGAAGGUGAGAUGAUGUAAAAUUACAUAUCUCCCUCUUUUAGUACUUAUACUGGUGUAAAGACACACUCAACAGUGCUGUUAUAGACAGACCUGUACUUGGUAAUUCCUUGAGAUGUUCCAUACGUGGACAUCAGUGUUUUCAGCAUCCAAGUACCAUAGGUAAUAUUUAUUGAGGAAUGAUUGAGUGUGAAUGAGAAUGAAUGCAAAUCUGUGUGGAAAUUUAUAAGUUGCUGUUACUAUUAAAUACCGUAUUUAUCUUCAAAUUGACCCCCUCCAAGUGUUAAUAUUUAGAAAGGACUUAUUUGUGAAGAAAUUUUAACUUGCUAUUUUAAAAUUGAUUAUUCUACCAAAAUGAGGAAUGUGACUUAAUUGUGGGCAGGGGUUUAUUUGCAGAUAAAUAUGGUAAACCUUUUCUCGAUUUCUGUCUCUUUGAUCAGUUGAACUGGAAAAAGUGUGUUUUAAAAUGUGUUACCGUUAAGAUUAACAGCAUUGUUUUGCCAAUUUGUGUCAUAACACAUGCAUUGUUAUUAUCAUAAUAAGUUUUAUAUAUAUAUUGUAUAUAUACAUCUUGAUUGUAAAAAGAUUCCUAAUCUUGUUAUAUGUAAAUAAUGAUAAUGAUACAUUUCAGGAAUUCUCCUUUUUGUUGGCUUCAGCAGUAUAGAAAAUGAUGGAAUAUUUCAUAUAGAAUCCUCGCUAAUGUAAACCAAAAUUAUUUUCAAAAAAUAUCUGAAUCUCUUGUCCAGUAUGCAAAAUCAACUAUCGUCUCCAUUGGCAUAGAACAAUUUUUCAUUCAUUUGGUUAGUUUUUAUUGGGUAGUUUGCUUAGGAUGAAAAAUGUGUAACAUUCCAUAUAUUUCCAUUUAACUAUUGGCUUUUGCUCCCACAUAGAAUUGUUGGUGAGAGGAAAUGUUGACAGAUUAAAUUUGAGAUUAAACCUGUUCAUAGAAAACUUAACAGUAAGUGAUUGUGUAAAAGUUGUAUCCAAUGAAGCAUUGGCUGAAGAACAGGAAACAAACUGAAGUUGAUGCUUCUGUUAUCUUAAGCUUUGUGUGGCUUGAAUAGAUUUAAUAUUUCUAUCAAUUUUUGGGUGCAACACCAAAGAAUGUUACACAGUUUGUCUGUUUGUCUGUUCACUGUAGCCAUUUCUUAUCAGUUAUGGAUUUUUACCAACAUUUUGUAUUGUUUAUCUUGUAGAAACUGAAAUUAAAAGAUUUAAUUAGUGUAUCGAAAUUUGAAUAAAUAUAAAACAUAAUAGGUCUCUUUUGAAAAUGAACUUCCAAGUAAAACUCCUGAAGUUUGAAAGUAAGAUUAAUUGAAAGUCUUUUGUUACAUGAUCACAUAUUAUAGGUAAAAUAAGGUCUAACUAAUACUAUACAUGUAUUUGACUUUCUCAUGUGAACAGAAAAGGUUUAAUCACCUAAUGGUUAACCUUUGCUUACUGAGGUACAAUGUAUUAGUUAAGAUAUUUAUUCAUAAUUGAUACAGAAAAAAGGAAAACGCAGAAUAAAGCCAAGAAAUGUAGAUUACAGUGUACAUUUGUCAGUUAUACAUUUCAGUCUCCUUGCCUGACAGUAGUGCUAGUGGUCUAUGUACACCAAGUUUCCCGUCUCUUUGUCUGGAGUCUAACAAGGCAAUAUAUAAAACUGUCCUGUGUGAGAGCUACUGCAGCAAAUUUAUGUUUGUAGUGACUUUUAGUUAUGUGUUUACUUUUGUUAAAUUGUAUUAACUCCAGGAAGCCUUAUAUUAAUGGACUCUGUAAUAGUGGUCGGCAUUUGGUGAUCAACUGAAGACACAUUGAGACGAAAAUUUUCACAUAACAAUAGGGUAUAGAGCAUACUGUACAUUUAACAAAUUUCAGGGAGAUAGCUUCAAAACCCAGGUAUAUUUGCUACAAAAGACCCUGAUGUUUAUCCCAUCUGCUAGCUAUUUUCAUUAUCAUUCAUAUGUAUAUUUGUUCUUGUAUAUUUCAUUCUUAGAUGCCAAAUAUCUUUUAAAAGUCUGUGUUAUGUUACUCAGCUAGGAAUGUGAUGUUUUACGUAAUGUAUUUGUUAUUGUGUAGAGUUCGUUUUAUUAUGUCAAUGAGACUUAUUUCUUUCCAUGUAAAAGUGUUCAGCAGUAGAUUGCUUAAAUAUUUCCAGGCCUAAGUUUGUCUUUACUUGUUAUUUGGGAGCUUGGCUAUCCUAAUUGUAGCCCAACCAUCUCAUAACACAGAUUCUGUCCAGGCUUCAGCUUUCAAUAACAUGGAUUGGUAAUCUGUAUUCUAAUCAAAUUGUUUCAACUUAGCUGUAAUUUCAUCUUUAUUCACAAAAUGUAACUUCGAUUAAAUCUUACAGAAUCAAUUUGGUUACAAUUUUGUCAAUAAAUUUAGAUGAAUGUAUUUAUACUGUUUGGAUGUUUCAUAUCCAUGUACAGCUCGUCCAAAUCAUACUGAUGCAGUUUCUGUUGAAAUGGGAGUAACAGAAGUACUGCUGAACAGAUGAGGUUUCAAUUUAAAGAGAUGCUCUAAUUGUCCAGGCACGGUUUCAUCAAUAUUCCUAAACUUACAGAGUAUACUUCAUUUGAAAUUUUUUGUAGGAAAUCAAGAGUAGGAACAAUGUUGUAUUAUUGCUCUGCUAUGGAAACUUUAAGUUAAGGAAUUUCAUGAAACUUGGAGCAGACCAAAAUUAUGCAUUGUUCACUGGAGUGAUGACACAGUGCAAUUUUGAUGUGUACUUGUACUGUUCUGUAAAGUCCAUUUGGUGUCUGAUAAUGCGACUGCUGGAGAAUGUCUAUCCAUGUCAACAUAAUGCUGCACCUGUAGCAUGUGACCCUAUGGCAAUAUCAUUGUAACCUUGUCACGCAUAACGAGUAUCCAGCCAGUCCUGGUCAAAGUACAUUGUUUUGCUUGAAUGAUGUUUGUCCCAUUAGAUAGUCGUGUGAGAGGAUGUUGCCUAAGUUGAUUAGGUUUUUAUUAAAAUCCAUGCAAAGAUGUAAUAAAUGAAUUCACAACACUU